AUGCUGCGGUUCCCAGUGAAGAAGCUUCGAAAGCAGUUCCGUUUGCUGCUGCUGCUCGUGCUGCUGACAUGUGCCGCGUGGCUCACCUACUUGCACCUGAGCCUCGUGCGCCAGGGCCGAGCCCUUCGGCUGCGCCUCAGCGGAGGCUCCGGCCCAGAUGGAGAGAGGCUGAGUGAGGUCACAGAUGCCGGGAAGGGGGUGGGGGGACCCCAGGUCGUGUCCCCCCCCAAGAGAUUGGAAGACUCCAGUGAGAGUCAUGAGGAAGACCAGCUGGCAGAGGGGCGGGAGCUGAGUACCUUCCCUGGCCAGGCGGGAAGGUCAUCCCUCCUGAACCUCACCCACCAGGUCCCCCGGUGGCAGGAGGAGUACAGGGGGAAGGUUAACCUACACGUGUUUGAGGACUGGUGUGGGGCCACUGUGGGGAGCCUGAGGAGGAAUCUUCACUUCCCACUGUUCCCCCAUACUCGAACUACUGUGAAGAAAUUGGCUGUGUCCCCCAAGUGGAAGAAUUAUGGACUGCGAAUUUUUGGCUAUAUCCACCCCAGCAGAGAUGGUGAUCUCCAGUUCUCUGUGGCCUCAGAUGAUAACUCUGAGUUCUGGCUGAGUCCUGAUGAAAGCCCAGCAGGCGCCCAACUUGUGGCCUAUGUAGGCAAGACUGGCUCUGAGUGGACAGCACCUGGGGAAUUCACCAAGUUCAGCUCCCAAGUGUCCAAGCCAAAGCGGCUCUCCUCUUCCCGAAGAUAUUACUUUGAGCUUCUACACAAACAAGAUGACCGGGGAUCUGACCAUGUGGAAGUGGGGUGGCGCCUGUUUCUUCCCGGCCUGAAGUUCGAGGUCAUUGGCCCGCCGUACAUCUCUCUCUAUACAGAUGAGUCAUCCCUAAAGAUGGAUCACGUGGCCCACAUCCCCCAGUCCCUGGCCAGCCAUGUGGCCAAGCCGGGGCUGCAGCCCAAGGAGCUAGGAGCGGACAUGCUGAGGCCAGAUGCUCGGGACACUUUCUUCCUCACACCGAGGCUGGAGCCGGCCCGUCUGGAGAACGUGCUGCUGCCCUGUGCCUACGCCCCCACCUAUGUGGUCAAAGACUUCCCCAUUGCCCGCUACCAGGGCCUGCAGUUUGUCUACCUCUCCUUUGUUUACCCCAAUGACUUCACUCGACUCACGCACAUGGAAACUAGUAACAAGUGCUUCUACCGGGAGUCACCACUGUACCUGGAGAGGUUUGGGUUUUACAAAUACAUGAAGAUGGACGAUGAAGAAGACAGGGAGGAGGAGGAUGCAGGACGAGCAGCUUUCCUGUUCCUUGAUCCAGACAGUUUCCUGGAGGAGGAAGAAGAGGAGGAGGAAGUGGAAGUGGCUAGCCCAGAGCCCACAGGAGCCCACCCCUCCCCAAGCAGGACCACCCCUCCUCCCUGGACCACUCAGGACCACCAAGGGACCGUAAACAGCAGCCCCAGCCCCCAUCCUAGGAGGGAGACCCGGCUAACACGUGCCCUGAGCUGGGCCCACACGGCCGCAGACACACGCCAGAAUCCUGUCGGAGCCCAGUCUACCCCCCUCUUUCUGGGUCGGGCACCACCCCCCAGGUCUCCCGCACAGGGGGCUGCCCCACGAUCACUGAAGAAGCCAGAGAAAGUGUAUGUGACAAGGGUCCACCCUGGGCAGCGCCGGUCCCCUCGGACGCAGCCCCCAAGGCCCCGGCCCUGGCUAGCCCAUGGCCCCUGGCAGCCCCCACUGCCUGGCAUCUUUCUCUACCCCCGGCCCCUUCAGAGGGUGCAUCUGCGGGCGCUUCGCAGGCCUCCAGGCCAUAGGGCCCCAACGGUCAGCACCACUGCAGCCAGGGCUCCAAGGCCCCCAAAUUCUCUCCAGAGGACCUCCAGAGUCAGCUUCACCCAGGGGUCCCUGGACCUAACCACUGGGCUCACAGGCCUGACCUCAAACACCUCCUCUGAGGGUGGUGAGCCAGUGACUUCUUUCCUUCAUGUGUCAGAAGUGGCACAGGCUAGGCCUCAAGGGGAAAAGAUAGGGGUGGAAGAGGCUGAGGGUGGCCCAGAGGAGACUGCCACGUCCCAGGAUAGCGAGGAGGAAGAGGCCGGUGUCCCGCCUAAGGGCUCCUGGCCUGAGGAUGCCAUCAACUGGCAGCGGACCUUCAGUGUGGGCGCCAUGGACUUUGAGCUGCUCCGCUCAGACUGGAAUGACCUUCGAUGCAAUGUGUCUGGGAACCUCCAGCUGCCUGAGUCAGAGGCUGUGGAUGUUGUGGCCCAGUACAUGGAGCGGCUGAACACCCUGCAUGAAGGGCGCUUCUCGCUGCUGCGCAUCGUUAACGUGGAGAAGCGCCGGGACUCGGCCCGUGGCAGCCGCUACUUGCUGGAGCUGGAGCUGCAGGAGCGUGGAGGACACGGACGCUUGCGGCUGUCCGAGUACGUCUUCCUGCGGCUACCACGGGCCCGGGCCGGGGCCGAUGGGGAAGACGAAGCCGAGGUUGACGACGGCGAUGGCGACGACGGGGCGGCCCCUGAGGCAGCCGCGGCCCGGACCCCAUCGGAGUCUCCGAGCCGCACCCCUGAGCCCCUGCUUUGCCGGCCAGUGCGGCUAGCUUGGCGCCAAGACGUCAUGGUUCACUUUGUGGUGCCAGUGAAGAACCAGGCGCGCUGGGUGACCCGCUUCCUCUGGGACAUGGCUUCGCUGCACGCGCUCACGGGCGACACGCGCUUCAGUGUGGUCCUGGUGGACUUCGACAGCGACGACAUGGACGUGGAGCGAGCCCUACGGGCGGCGCGGCUGCCCCGGUACCAGUACUUGAAGCGCUCCGGGAACUUCGAGCGGGCCUCGGGGCUCCAGGCGGGCGUGGAUGCCAUCGAGGACGGCAGCAGCAUCGUGUUCCUGUGUGAUCUGCACAUUCACUUCCCCCUCAACAUUCUGGACGGCAUCCGCAAACACUGCGUGGAGGGAAAACUCGCCUUCGCCCCCGUGGUCAUGCGGCUCAGCUGUGGGAGCUCCCCGGGCGACCCCCAUGGCUACUGGGAGGUGAAUGGUUUCGGUCUCUUCGGGAUCUACAAGUCGGACUUUGACCGAGUUGGGGGCAUGAACACCGAGGAGUUCCGGGACCGCUGGGGCGGCGAGGACUGGGAACUGCUGGACAGGGUCCUGCAGGCCGGUCUGGAGGUAGAGCGACUCCGGCUCCGAAACUUCUACCAUCACUACCACUCCAAGCGGGGCAUGUGGGAUGCCAGAAGCAAGAGGGGGCCCCAGGACUGA